UAUGGAUCAUUACCCCAGCCUAGGCAGUGAUCCUGUAGCUGGCUAGUGUCUGUGGGGGGGGGGUCAAAUCCGGUUCAUCUCUCCUACUCUCCUCUACUACUCUACUCCUCCUGGGACAAGGCUGAGUAAAACCGGUUUGUAUCCUCCGUCAGUAUAUUUUUGUGUGCAGCCUAGUGUUUAAUAAGAAGAAGUGAACUAGUUUAACAUAAACCUUCCUAGCGUGCAAACACAAGAACUUGUUACAACCUGUUAUCUGGUUCAAAUAGAUUCAUCUCAAACCGCGCGGAUUUUCUUACUUAUACAAUUAAGUAUAACUGCAAAUUUGCCAUCUGUGAUAAUUUAUCUGAAAAUGGCAACGCUGCGAAAAGUCACAUUGACACAUAAAGAUGGAAUUGCUGGCAAUAAAAUAGACGAAAAUCCCCCAAAACGCAAAAACGUUAUUUUGAAACCGUCUGUGAUUCCCGCUGAAAUAGAUCCGAGCUUGGAGUCUGAACCCAAGAAGUUAAAACUUGAUAUUAAACCCCUGAAUUCAAAACUUCUGACCCACAAAAAUGUUAAGUUAAAAAUCCCGGAAGAUAAGAUUGUUCCAUCGGAAGACGACCAUUUAAAAUCGUCGGAGUACGUUCAACAUGUAAAUCUAACCCCGAAAAUCUUUGGAAAUACUCAAGGGAAUAAACAGAAUAUUUCUGGAGUCACAGAAAGAUCCAAACAUGUGAUUUUACAAGGAAGCAAUUCCUAUCGUCAUCCUGAAAAACCAUUGCGAAACCAUAUCAACGUGAAACCAACCCAGGCCAGCCUUCUCAGACCUUGGACCAAAUUCAUGGAAAAAGUGCUUGAUCCUAAACCACUAACUGUUAAAGGUUCAAACUUUACUCCGAAAUCGAUCAAACCUGAAGUUCCUUUUUCUACAAAAAUCAAGGAAGAACCGAGAGAUGAAGGAAAUGAACCAACUCCUGGCUCUCAGAGAAUUACAAAAGCUGUUACUCUGGGUAGUAUCAAACUAGAACCUAGAGAAGAGAACCCAACCCCUCCUGUAGGACAAGUAUUAAAGGAGAAGAAGAGAAAGAUUCCUGAUCUUGUUCCUAUCAGUGCUAAAUUAAACCUGGAGACUUCAACGUCGAGCAGAGGAAACCCGGAGAGGGCUGAACCGGAGUUUGAUGAAGUAAAAUUGAAUUUGUUCCGAGAUAGGGUUGUUAAUACUAACAAGUUUAACAUUGAACCUCCCCCAGAUAAAUUUAGGAGAAAAGAGCAAAGAUUUAUCCAGUUUAUUCCCCAACCUUCAACCCUACUGGAGAACAGUAGGUUGGACGUGGAAGAUACAGUAGAAUGUGAAGAUUGUGGCGGGCAGGUUCCCCCUGAUUUUCUCUCAAGACAUUAUUGUGUAAAAAACCAGGAGUUAACUCAACAAGAUCAAAUGAGUAUAAUACUACCGGGUGUCCCAGUAAUUGAAGUAUUGCGAAAUAAUCCCAAACUACUGUUCCAGCCACGACACAAGGAGAUAGACCCCGACCCACUGAGCUGGGAUGAAGAGGAUGAGUUGGAGGAGGAGGACCUGGAGAGGUUCGGCCAGGUCGAGGUCAAGAUGGAGACCCUGGAGGACGAGGAGGUUCAGGUUAAACUGGAGGAGGAGGAUGAGAUUCAGCUCGGUAUUGAGGAAAUGACGGAGGAGUUUGAUCUUGAAUCUCCUCUACAAAUAGAUGAGCUGGAGCAGCAGCAUGAAGAUGAGGUUGAAGAUGAGAUUGUCAUUGAAUCUAUCCAUGAGUACAUAAUGUGCAGGAUUUGUAAUGAGAAUAUACGAGCAGGCAAUGCAUCUGUACUAUCCCACUUCAGGAGGCAUAGGCCUCAGCUAAACCUGAAGGGUGUUUACCCCUGUCCGUAUUGUGGAAAAGGAUAUAAUAUGGGUCAUCACACGGAGAGGCAUAUUGAAACUGUUCACUGUAAAACUAAACAAAAAUGUAAACUCUGCGGUGUCAGGUUUAUGAAUUUAAAGGCCCAUCAGGAGAAAUAUCAUACUCUCAAAAACGUUGAUACUUGCGAGAUGUGUGGGAAGGUAGUUAAACACUUGAGCUCCCACCACUGCCCCAUGGACUCAAUGAAGACGAUCAGAGAGAGAAACAAGAUGGUGGACUGUCCAAGUUGCGGAAAUAAUGUCAAGGAAAAAUAUCUCAGAAUUCACAAGAAGAAUCAUUGUGUUGGGAGCAGAACAUCAACCUUCUCAAACUUCAGGACAGAGGGAAAGAUUUUAAGUUUAAAUGCGCGAAAUGUAGAGACUUCUCCUGCAAUCUCUGCCCCCAAUAAACAAAAUAUUAACUGGAAGGGAAGAAAUCAAAAACUUGAAGAAGACCUAAAACCUAUUCCCUCUCCUGAAGAUGAAAGAACUAAGCAGAAUGAAUCACUAUUGGUCGGCAGAUAUAGGAAGAUUCUUCCGGCGCCGACCUCAAAGAUCUGUAAACUGGACUUGAAAACUCCGACCGCCUCUACUGUGAAAAAAUCUAUCAAUCCCGGGGAAAACAAGAUAAAUCCGGAUAUUUCGUCAAAACUUUCAGGCCAUGAAACAAGGAAAGAACGUCGUGGGAUUUUUAUUCUAAAUCCAAGAUAAAUUUUCUCCCAAUGGCAGAGCACACCAUUUAUUCACCAAUUAAUUCAUUUGUCUAAUAAAAUGCUAUUUGUUGACUUUAAAAGUCAAUAUAGUGAAAUAAAGAGAUCUAAAAAUGGA